UCAUAUCUCACGCACCAGUUCACAGUGCGAGCGCCUUGAGAUGUCGAACGCCGGAGCAGCGGUGGCGGCCGGCGGCGGCGCGGGGACCCCGCACGUUCUUGCGGUGGAUGACAGCUCCGUCGACCGCGCCGUCAUCGCCGCCAUCCUUCGGAGCUCUCGAUUCCGUGUGACGGCUGUGGAAAGUGGGAAGAGGGCCCUGGAACUGUUAGGCUCGGAGCCGAACGUGAGCAUGAUAAUCACCGAUUACUGGAUGCCUGAGAUGACGGGAUACGAGCUCCUCAAGAAAGUCAAGGUAUUUACAUGUCUCUGUCUGACGACAUAUUCCAUCCACCCUGCACCAAAAUUUCUUCAAUCUGGAGCCUUUAACAGCGGAAUAUUCACGCAGGAGUCAUCCAAGCUGAAGCAGAUCCCCGUGGUGAUCAUGUCCUCAGAGAACGUACCGACUAGAAUCAGCAGAUGCCUGGAGGAAGGAGCAGUGGAUUUCCUGGUGAAGCCCGUCCGCCCAUCGGACGUGUCCCGCGUCUUCAGCCGCGUGCUCCGCUGA